AUGGCCCUUCCCUCCAGUCUCCAGGACUUCAUUCCUCACUUCCAUCUGAGGCUCCAUCCUCACGGCCUCUUCUGUGCCAGUUCCUGCCGGCGUUCUCACACAGAAUCUUCUGGGAAGACCCCCACUUUACCUUCUGUUCUCCGUCUUGUCUUACCCACUCCCAAAUCGCCCUCGGUGGCCUGUUCACAGCUGCGAAGGCUGUUCCAGCAUCCACCUGGGAGGUAUCCCAGCUGUAGCCACUGCCCCACCCCGAAGCCUUCAUGUCUGCAGAGUGAAACAUCUUUCAACUUAAUAUCAGAAAAAUGUGACAUUCUAUCCAUUCUUCGGGAUCAUCCUGAAAACAGGAUUUACCAGAGGAAAAUCCAGGAACUCAGCAAAAGAUUCACCUCGAUCCGAAAGACCAAAGGAGACGGGAACUGCUUCUACAGGGCCUUAGGCUAUUCCUACUUGGAGUCCUUGCUGGGCAAGAGCAGAGAGAUCCUCAAGUUCAAAGAGCGUGUGCUACAGACCCCAAACGACCUUCUGGCUGCCGGCUUUGAGGAACACAAGUUCAGAAACUUCUUUAAUGCUUUUUACAGUGUGGUCGAGCUGGUAGAGAAGGAUAGCUCAGUGUCCAGCCUGCUGAAGGUGUUCAAUGACCAGAGCUCCUCGGACCGGAUCGUGCAGUUCCUACGCCUCCUCACGUCGGCCUUCAUCAGGAACCGAGCUGACUUCUUCCGACAUUUCAUCGAUGAGGAGAUGGACAUCAAAGACUUCUGCACUCACGAAGUAGAGCCCAUGGCCAUGGAGUGUGACCACGUACAGAUCACAGCCCUGUCGCAGGCACUCAACAUUGCUCUGCAGGUUGAGUAUGUCGACGAGAUGGACACCGCUCUGAACCACCACGUGUUCCCUGAGGCUGCCAUCCCUUCGGUUUAUCUGCUCUAUAAAACAUCCCACUACAACAUCCUUUACGCAGCCGAGAAACACUGACUACUUUUGGGCCAUGCCAGAGCCCGUCAUCUAAUGGACUGCAUUCUGAAUGGAACAUCCUGCCUUGGCAAUUUUUUUGAGUGACUUAGACAACUAGGAAACGUAUAGCCUCUUGGGUAAAGCCACACUGAACUGAGACCUGUGCCCAGUAUGGACUGUGAUGACUUAAUAGGAAUUUUAGUAUUUAUUUUGAUAGAUGAUAUAAUGCCUGCUAACUCUGGACCACAAGGUCAGAAACUCUUGUCUCUGUACCCAUUUACUUCAAGAACCCCAUUGGACCUAUUUAUCUGGGAGAGGUUCCUGACAGUGUUGAUAUGCUGCUAUAUGAAAAUGGGGACUAUCGGGCAGGGCAGUGACCACACAGGGGAGAAAAGCAUGGGCCAGCUGUCAUGUUCAGGUGACUUACCAGACCUAUGCCGAGUCCAACCAGGCUAUGUCGGGUGGGUCAUGGUAGCCUGUCUAAAUGUGAGGACGUGUGUACUUUCAUUCACAGUGGCUAUACUUGCUAUACUCCCUGAAGGAGAGGGAACAAAAACAGACUUUUCCCAAAGCCCAGAAAAGGACUUUAGCCUUCAGCAAGAACUCAGGCUGUGAGGUCCCUCUACCUCUCAGGACCAGAACUCCUGACUCGGGAGGACAGGCCCUUCAGGGUUCUGCUGUAACCCCACCUGGAUAAGGCUUGCCAAGGACUUGGGCCUGUACCCGAGUUAGUGUGUCCAUGUCUGGGACCAAGGGGCUACAGCUGCCCAUCCUCCGCAGUGAACAGGGUCUAGGCAGUCGGCUGGUAUGUGCAGUUCGGACCUGGAAAGACUGAGGACAGGUUUCCCAAGGCUCUUUGGUCUUCUUCAGCCCAGCUUCAUAGGCAGUUAGGCAGGGAAGGACAGACAAGCCAUAGACGUUGGCAGCAGGGACAUUUCCUCCACUGCACGUGCCCCUUAAUAGCCACUUACCUUGCCUUGCUGCCUCAAGACCUUUAGGAGUCCACCUGAGGCCAUACUGGGCAGCUGCUAGCCACACCCUCCUCUGUAGGACAAUCAUGGGACCACCCCCCUGGUCCUUCCUUGGUUACAGGGCUCCCCUCAUGUUUUACUCUACAGGAAUUAGACUAUUGGUGCUACUGUGAGGGUCUGCUGACAACCUGCACACAGGGCUGGAAGCAGGAUCCUGAGUCUUACACAAUUCAGAUUUGUAUCUGUCCUUUUGUUUUGGUGUAAGCCAAAAGCACCAAGAUGCCUGGGUAGUGUGCAGUUUCCAAGACCCCCCUUUGGCAACAUUUAGAUCCAAAGGCUCCAACUAAGUGAGUCUCUUGCUGGCACAGGGGUGUAAAUCUGCCCUUCAACCUUAUGAUGUGUUCAGUGUCCCACGGUGACCUGGGUAUCUAUGGCAGUUGCCCACAGCGUGGGCCCUUAUUUCCACGACUGUCUUCAGCCAGCAGUCUCCAUUUCCAGGCUUAAUGUUAUGAGCACCGGAUGCCUGACUGAUGGAUAGCCUGGGCUGCUCUACAGGAGUUCAGAUGAGGUCUGGGGCCAGGGGGAUGGGCUUGAGAACAUGCUAAAACCUGGCCGAGCAUAGCAGUUUUCUGGCUCGGUUACAGCAACAAGUUCUAUCAGCUCUUUUAGAGGAAACAGUGGAGCGCAGGUGCUGAGAGCUCAGCUUUGAAUUCCUCACUCUCCCAGAACAGCCAGUGGGGACAGUACGGAGCGGUGCACUUGUUAUCUGUAUCUGUCUUCUGAGAACAGACGCAAGUGCUGGGGCCAGCUGCCCAAGUUCAAAACCUUGGAAGUGAAGGGGUCUGUCUGAGAGCCAAGUAAACAGCCAGCCUGGGAAGGGGUGCUUGGGGUUCCUCCCCUGAGUACCCAAGGCCAAGCCCUACAGCUUCCCUCAAGUGAAAACAUUUCCCUAGCAUUAAACGUUUCUAUAAACAAC